GAGCAGCACGCGUUGCUGGGGUGGGGGCACACUUUUUGUUUUUCUCGUGUUGCUCAUUGAGACAAUGAAGAAUGCCAAUACCACAACGAGCCUGGAAUUGGAUGCCAUGCUGGCCCAGGAAAUUGCUCACCUUAACCGCGAUACCAAAAACGGUCAAAACAUAAAACCAGCCGUUAUUAUCGCUCAACCGGAACCCAACACGCUCAACGAUGCCAAGUCAGCCAACGACGACUCUAGCUCCGAUGAGUUUGAAGAAGAUCUCUAUCUACGCGAUCCAGAGUUAUUCCGAACCACAGAACGGAAUCGCCAGAUUCUCUUGGACAAUGACUUCAAUAUGCAAUCUGCCUUGGACUUUUCGCCGGCCGUUGAUACCAAUUCCACAAAGCGCCCCUCGGAAUUGGUUUUCACCGAUCCAACCGAGGUAUUGACACUGCCGGACCGAGUCAUUGUCAGCUUUUCGUACGGCCACGCUCCUGAAAAAUUUGUAAAGAAAUCGAGAAAGUAUUUGAUCGCUUAUGAUUUUGGCGAUGAAAGUAUCUAUGCAACACAAUGGUCGAUGGGCACCUUACUCCGCAGUGGCGAUGAAAUUCAUUUGGCCAACGUCAUUCAUACAGACAAAGAUAUCGCUGAAUUAAACCCUGUCGAGAAAAAGCGGCUUUGGCAAGCUCUUGACCGGAACUCGAAGCGGCUCAUGUCCAAGGUGCGUGAAAUAUUGGGCACCAUGCUACUGUAUAAUAUCAGUAUCAAGGUCCAUGUCAUGGCAGGUCCCGUCAAAGAAAUGCUACUGGACUUGAUAUCUAGCUUUCCCGUUACAAUGGUUAUCUGUGGCGCCAGAGAUAGAGGUGCUUUCAAAGGAAUGUUGAUGGGAAGUGUUUCAACGUCGCUUAUUCACAGUUCGCCGAGCCCAGUCGCUUUGAUUCGUCCUCAGAAAAAGACCAAAAAGAGUAAGCGUCAAUUAACACCAGCACAGAAAUUAAGCUACAGUGUCCGCAGUGGACACUUGAAGGUUGAUGAAAUCGAAAAAGUCGAAACAACGAUACCAAGCAUCAACAGCCGUGAUGCUGUAUAAACUAUUCCACCCACCAUGCCAAUGUGACAUCACGCAUGAACACCCGUGAUGCCGUUGAAAAAUAUCCCUCAUCAUAUGAACAAAUUUGUUUUUCUUAAUUUUUCGUUUCUUUGAAUAUUUUGGGUUCAUUCUUUUUUUUUUUUUUU